UUCUAGGUUAUCCUUAUUCAUCUGCUCGAAGUCCUCGGCGGGGAGACGCUCGGUAAAUAUGCCGCGAGACCAAAGCUCCGUGUGCAGCGGUUCGAAAAUGUCAACAAGAGUCUCGAUUUUAUCAAGGGGAGGCGGAUUCCGAUGACCAACAUUGGCGCUGAAGAUAUCGUGGAUGGUAACCGAAAGAUUAUCCUUGGGUUGAUAUGGACACUCAUUUUACGAUUCACCAUCAGCGAUAUCAACGAGGAGGGUAUGACCGCGAAGGAGGGACUGCUGCUGUGGUGUCAGAGAAAGACCGCUUGCUACGAAGGGGUGGAGGUCCGCGACUUUUCCAGCAGUUGGAACGACGGUUUGGCUUUCUGUGCGCUGCUGGAUAUUCAUCGGCCCGAUUUGAUCGACUUUGAUGCGCUCGACAAGAAGGACCACCGUGGUAAUAUGAAGCUGGCUUUUGACAUCGCUGCCAACGAGAUCGGUAUCCCCGAUUUGCUCGAUGUGGAUGAUGUCUGCGAUGUAGCGAAGCCCGAUGAGCGCUCCCUGAUGACUUAUAUCGCCUACUGGUUCCAUGCCUUUUCGCAGUUGGAGCGAGUGGAAAACGCCGGUCGACGAGUGGAGAAGUUCAUCAACAACAUGCACGGGGCGUGGGAAAUGCAAAACUCCUAUGAACUGAGGAUGAAGGAACUCCUUCGUCUUAUCAGGGCCCAGCGCGACAACUGGAGAAACUCAUCAUUCGAAGGAACCUACAAGGAUGCCAAAGACCAAGCCUUUCAGUUCUCUCUGUACAAGAGAAAUCAAAAGCGACAAUGGGUCGCCGAAAAGUCAGAUCUCGCUGCUCUGCUCGGAAACAUCAAAACGAAACUCAGCACUUACCGGCUUCGUCCUUAUGAUCCUCCAGCAGAGCUCCGCUUGGAAGUCUGCGAUCAAGAGUGGGAAUGUCUUACACGAGACGAGCAUGAGCGUAGUCAACUGAUUAACGAGACGAUUCGGGACAUCAAAAACGCUCUCCGCCGUUCAUUCGCUGACAAGGCCAAUGACUUUGCCUUAACACUGAGAACCUUGUCUCUUGCCAUUUCCGGCCUUGAUGGUGAUGUAGAAGACCAACUAGACCAUGUUAAGAGACUCAAUGACAACCUCCCUCCCCUCGAUGCGUUCCUAGAUACCAUCGCCGCGCUAGACGAGCAGUGCGCCGAGGCGAACAUUGAAGAAAACGACUUCACAACUUACACCUUAGACGAACUCUCGUACGAGCUGAGCCUGGUGAAAUCAAGUAUCUCAAAGAAGCUUGCAUUCCUGGACAAUCAGCUUGUGGCACGGAAUAUGACAAACCUAACACCAAUUCAGCUGGAAGAGUUUGAGUCGGUAUUCAGGCAUUUUGAUCGUGAUUCUUCCAACACUCUCCAGGAGCUUGAGUUCUCCGCUGCCCUGGCCAGUUUGGGUCUUGUAUAUGAUGAAGACGAGAUGCAUGAGGUCUACGUUGAGACGUGCGGGCCAGCUAGAUUAGCACAAAAUGCCGGCGUCGGUUUCGAACAAUUCAUUCGAUUUAUGGUCAGCGUUACCGAGGACCAGAAUACUGCAGAGCAAGUUUAUCAGAGCUUCCGCGAGGUGGCAGAUGGCAAGCCCUACGUUACCGAACUUGAUCUUCGACAUUCACUUAUUCCAGACGAGGUUAUUGAACAUCUUGUCUCGACUAUGCCGGCACAUGAAGGAUUCGACGCAAAGGAAGACCGGGAUCUGCCCAAGUACGACUACAUUAGCUUCAUGGAGAAGAUGAUAGAGCGCGAGCGCGAGGGCCAUGACGACGUGUCUAUCAAUGGAGAGGACUAAGUAUAUUCUUCCUCACAGCAUUUUUGGUUGUUCGGGAUUUCUUUUUCCUUUUCUAAUGGGUGCUGCUACUGGUGUUUUCUGGAGCUAAUAGGAGGGUUUGAGGGUUUGUCUCUUGACCGGCGACCAUGCAUACGGGAUUAUCAUUCGAUGAGUCCUUUUUCUUGUUUUGUGUAUUGCAUCUUUCCAUUUCUUCUUUAUUUCUCUUUCACAUGUUUUUUCCCACCGUUGCCCUCUAUUCAGGCUUCAGCCACUGGACAUGUGUACUAC